UUGGGGUCCUUAAAGGACUUUUUUUGUACUAUAAAAAGACCAACUUCCCAACCAAUUUCCACUCAUCAAUCGCUUUUCCAAUUUCCCAGCUCUCAUGGAUUUCUUCCACUCCCAAGCCCAACACAAACAUCCUCCAAAAAAUGGCAGCAGGAGGAGGCUAACCCAGGACCAAGUGAGGCUCCUAGAGAGGACCUUCAUCGCCAACAAGAAGCUUGAGCCUGAGCUCAAGCUCGCACUAGCAAAUCAACUCGGUGUGCCUCCAAGGCAAGUUGCCAUUUGGUACCAGAACAAGAGAGCUAGAUGGAAGACACAAAGCUUGGAGCUUGACUACAAUACUGUCCAAGUUAAGCUAGAAAAUGCGUUGGCUGAAAAAAAGAGAUUGGAGAAAGAAGUUAUGCAGCUUAGAGAUGAGCUGAGCAAGGCUCGAGAAAUGAUGUUUGCUUGCAAUCAAGGAAUAAUUCCUUCUCAUCCAUCUCAUCAUUUUCAUCCUCUUCUUCCUCCUCAACCUCCUCUUAAUGUUUCCUGCAACUCUUCUUGUGAUGAUGGAGGUGGUGGCUCUAGCUUGCAUGAAGAUAUCAAUGGUGAGGUUUUGCAAUUCGAUGAGCUUUAUGCCUGUUUGAUUAGUCCUGGAUGUGGAGGAUCAACCUGGGCUUGAUGGGUAUGUGUUCCAAAUAAAACUACGUACUGUUCGUCUGUAGAAAAUCACAUGUUCCUGGGGCCACGCACGGGCGUGUAGGAGACUGCUUGGAACUGAAGCACCUUCCCAGAUUUUGGAUGGAUACUUGAAGAAAUUAGUAUUUAUAUUAAUUUAGGAAGAGUUAAUUAUGUUAUUGACGGUUGUGGAUCUUAAUUAAUGGUUAUUGAUAUUAAUUUUAGAACAAAUAAGGACUGUGUAAAUAUUUAAAUCCUGACAACUUUCUUUUAUAUAUAUAGAGUGAGUCAAGUCUCUGAUGUAAUGCAAUCAAUUCAUGGUGGAUGAAUAUGGUGGUAUUGGCUUGUUUUUUCAACUCACAAUCAUCUUUUGUUGUUCCCUUUCUAUUUAUAAAUGAAAUAAGCAAGUGGACUAUUGGCUUGGGUGCUUCUCAAUCAGUCACCGUAUGUUA